AUGACUUUUCUAUGGAUUGCUGCCGCCUUGGUGCGCUGGGUUCGCCUGAAGAUCUAUCAGUAUGAGGUGACAUUCGCUGUGUACAUGCUCACACCCACGGAGAAAUUCAUCUUCAACUCUCUCCUCCUCACCCUCAUCUCCAUGAUCCUGACAGCAAUCUACGUCUACCUACCCAACCACCUCCGAGUAAUCUACGGCCACCUAUACUACUACUGGGCCGGUGAACGCCCCUUUGUUUCCAGCGGAAUCGCCUCAAUCGGCACAGCCUUUUAUGACAGCGGCAGCCAGACGCUCAUGUAUGAGACGGCGCAAACUGCCGCCGCAACAGCUCAGGCAACCGUUCCAGAGCUCUGA